GGGGUGGGCCAAAGAAAAGGCAAACUAAAUGUGACAGGUAGAGGGUGCUAGAACGGGUAGCCCUUUAGGGCCCUGGGGAGGCUAUAAAUAAGAGAGGAAGCCCUGCGGCCUUCCCUUCACCCCAAAGCCUGACUUUGAGUGUUUGGUGAGCGGACCUGCUAGCUACUGGACGUGACCGCCACGUCUGGGCAGCCGUCUGAGAGGAGUCGUCGGCGGCGAUUGCGCAUCUGCCUCUACUGUGGAAAAUGCGGGACAUUCCAUCUCUCGUUGUCCCCCGCGCCCUGACAACCACCGCUCCCGAGUGACACGGCACUCUUCCGGUGGCAUCUGCGACUGACUUGUCGGCCAGCUUCAUGCAGCUCCCAGAAUCUUUCGUUCAGAGUCAAGCAAUACCUGUAUCGGAGGUAACUAUGAGGUAGUUCACUUCCUUGAUGGAAAACAUCUGGCUGGCAUUACGUUGCAGACACACCUCCUUUCGCUCUGCUUGUCUGGUAACCACCACAAAUCCACAAAUGUUUUCAUAAUUCCCUCUCGUUCUGCACAUUGUUUUAGAAGCAUCCUUUUGUGGUACACACAGUCUAGAAGAACCUGGCGUAUCUGCAUGCUUUCAAGAGACUUAACCCUAGACAGGCAAGGAUUUGCAGACGGAAGCCACCCCAGUGAGAAGUGAAGAAGUAUGGCGUUUUAACGUGUUUGUUGACAUUGACAAACAUCAGCCGCAGUAAGAGGAGAUCAUCCAUUCAUCACUGAGCGCCGAGCAUCCUGACUGCUUCCAUUUAUGUGUCCGCCAUGGUUUGGAGAAGGCUUGCCUGGGGGAUCCCCUGCUGACACUUCCGAUCCAGACAUAUCCAGCUUCUCUCCUCCGGACCACGACAUUCUGGUGUGAGCUUGUUCCUCCAAGACCUCCUCACCGUCAUCAUGGCGAGUUUGGUGCUUAAUGAGACCGGGAUGGAGGACUGUGGCUUUGACGACUCCUUCAAGUACAACUUGUAUUCGGUGGUCUACAGUGUGGUCUUCGUCUUAGGUCUCAUCACCAACUGCGCUGCACUGUUUGUCUUCUGCUUCCGCAUGAAGAUGCGCAACGAAACGACAAUGUUCAUGACUAAUUUAGCACUAUCUGAUUUAGUCUUUGUUUUUACGCUGCCGUUCAAGGUCUUCUACAAUGUGAACCGGCACUGGCCCUUUGGAGAUGGACUGUGUAAGAUAUCAGGAACAGCCUUCAUCACUAACAUCUAUGGUAGCAUGCUCUUUCUCACCUGCAUCAGCGUGGACCGCUUUUUAGCAAUAGUCUACCCUUUCCGCUCCCGCUCCAUCCGCACGCGCAGGAACGCCGCAAUGGUGUGCGCGGCUGUGUGGCUGACCAUUGUAGGAGGAGGGAUAUCCGUCACCUUCUUCUCUACCAUCAACAGCACAAACAGAGCUACAACCUGUUUUGAGGGCUUCUCUAAGAGCACCUGGAGGACCUACCUUUCAAAAAUCACCAUCUUCAUUGAGAUUGUGGGAUUCCUGCUUCCUCUUCUGGCCAACUUGGUUUGUUCCUCACUGGUCCUGAGAACGCUACGUCGUCCAGUGACAGUUGGCCAUGGCUGUGACAGCAAGCGUCGUGUCCUGAGGAUGAUUCUGGUCCAUCUUGGCAUCUUCAUCAUCUGUUUUGUCCCGUAUAACUCCAACCUCUUCCUCUAUGCCCUGGUGAGAACUCAGGCCUUGGUUAACUGCUCUGUAGAGCGCUUCGCCCGAACUCUGUAUCCCAUCACUUUGUGUCUGGCUAGCCUUAACUGCUGCUUAGACCCUGUGGUCUACUACUUUACCUCGGAGAGUUUCCAAAAAAGUUUGUCCCUGGGAAGCAAAGGGUCCGGUUCCCGACCUGAGAGUAUUCCCCGCAGCGACACUGAGACCCAGGACCCGGCAAACACACUCCCAAGAGACACACACACUUUGGCCAGGAAUGGAAAAGACAUUAAAGUAUCAGAAAGUCAAUUUUGAUGAGAGGAAGAAGAAGAGUUGAACAAGGACAAAUGGGUUUAAGAGACCUUGGAUUUGAAAAAUUGUUUGUCCUGGAAAUGACAAAUGCAUAACUGAGCAGAUUAGCUAAAUCCUGGUGUAAAUCCUCAAGUAUGGUCUGGGCUUUACCAAUUAAUCCACCUCUUGGAAUCAAAGGAAUGUAUCUGUUUAUUAUUAACAAUCUGCAACCGGACACAAACAGACAUAAGGAACUUCUUCGAAUAACUCAGGCACAACACUCAUGCACUGGAUGUUUAACUACUGUAUAUUAAAUGUUUAUAACUUACUGACCUACAUGUUAUUGUUUAAAUUGCAAUGAAAUACAGUACAUUGUCAUUGUUUAUUGUGGUGGCACCCA